AUGGGAUUGAACGAGCUCGCCUUGUCUUUUGUUCUCAACGUCAUCAGCAAGCUUCCACGCAACAUUCGAGAGAGCAUUGUGCCCGACAUGCUCAUCCCACCGAUCGCCAACAACCCAAAUAAGGUGCAACUCGCGAGUCUGGGCCAUGUUUACUUCGAACAUCCCGAUUUAGAACAGUUCGAUGCCUUUGCGGUCGACUUCGGAUUUGCGGUCGUGAAGAAGGAGAAGGGAAAGUCGUUCUAUCGCGGGUACGGCAAGGACCCCUUCAUCUAUGUAGCAUCGCAGUCUGCCGACGACGCGCCACACUUCAAGGGUCCCGCCUUUGUUGCGAAAUCACAGGAGGAGUUCGACAAAGCCAAGGCCCUUCCUGGUGCACAACUUGGUUCACUGGAAGACGCUCCUGGAGGUGGUCAGAUCGUCACCUUUGCACGUGCGGAAGACACCUUCUUCCAUGUUAUCUUCGGGCAGAAGCAACGAGAGAUCGAUCUCUCUUCAACUCCAAGUGCGACACACGAGGAAGUGGGGCCAUGGAACACACCUUUCGAAAAGCCGCGGAAAGGUACUUUUAAGCGGUUCCAUGAAGGCCCAGCUCUCAUCCACAAGUUGGGACACUUUGGCUACGUCCAUCGUCAAUUCGACGAGGAGUUGAAAUGGUACACAGACAACUUCAACUUCGUUCCUUCGGAUAUUCUGCAUCACUGGGACUUCUCAAACAUCGAUGUCAUGACAUUCAUGCACCUUGAUCUGGGCAAAGACUACUCCGACCACCACGUCUUCUUCAUGCAGCGUUCGCCGCCUGAGGUUACCAAGACGUAUCUACACCAUUCGUCUUAUGAGGUUGAGGAUCUCGACACCCAACUAAUUGGGCACCACUGGUUAGCGAAGAAGGGGUGGAAGAGUGUUUGGGGUGUUGGUCGCCAUGUACUUGGCAGCCAGAUCUUUGAUUACUGGCAGGAUCCUAGUGGUUUCAAAAUCGAGCACUACGCAGAUGGAGAUCUCGUCAAUGUCGACACCGAGACGAAGAGAGAUGUUGUCGGUCCAUUAUCAGUCUGGGGACCUGAAUUGCCGAAGGACUUUGGUGAGGACGGAACGUUGUUGUUGGUGUAA